UGCACUGGCCGGCCCGUCCGCCCUCCGCUGGGUCACCAUGUACCGGCGCAGUUAUGUCUUCCAGAGCCGCAAGGAGCAGUACGAGCGCUCGGAGGAGGCUCCCCGCGCCGCCGAGUCUGAGGUCCCCGCGGGCCGGCAGAGCCUAGCGGCGCUGCAGGGCCUGGGCGAGCGCGUGGCCGCUCACAUCCAGCGGGCCCGCGCGCUCGAGCAGCGCCACGCGGUGCUCCGGAGGCAGCUGGAUGCCUUCCAGCGCCUGGGGGAGCUGGGGGGCCCCGAAGACGCCCUCGCCCGCUACGUGGAGGGCAAUCGCCUGCGCGCCCGGGACCUGGCGGCGGAGCGUGCCCGCCUGGAGCGCCAGGGAGCAGAGGCGCAGCGCGCGCUCGACGAGUUCCGCAGCAAGUAUGAAAAUGAAUGUGAAUGUCAGCUGCUGCUGAAAGAAAUGCUUGAGCGGCUUAACAAGGAAGCUGAUGAAGCCUUACUUCGGAACCUGCACCUUCAGAUUGAAGCCCAGUUUCUGCAGGAUGAUAUCAGUGCAGCAAAGGAUAGGUACAAAAAGAAUCUUCUGGAAAUCCAGGCCUAUGUCACCAUCCUGCAGCAGAUCAUCCAGACAACCCCUCAAGCAUCUGCUAUUACAGCUGGGAUGAGGGAGGAGAAGCUCCUGACCAGGCGGGAGGCAGCUGCGCUUCAGAGUCAGCUGGAAGAGUCCCAGGAGGUGCUGUCAGCCCUGCAGGCUCAGAGAGCAGAGCUGCAGGCACAGACGGAGGCCCUGGAACAAGCUAUUAAAGAUGCCCAUGAGAGCUAUGAUGAUGAGGUGCAGCUCUAUAAUGAACAGAUUGAAUCCCUGCGGAAGGAAAUUGAAGAGACGGAGAGGACCCUGGAGAAGUCUUCUUAUGAUUGCCGGCAGCUGGUGGCUGCCCAACAAACCCUGAAGAACGAACUGGAUCGCUAUCAUCGGAUCAUUGAGAACGAGGGCAACAGGUUGAACUCUGCCUUCAUUGAAACUCCAGUCACCCUUUUCACCUCAAGUCAUGGAACCUCUUUUAAUCCUCGGCCUGGUGGGAAAGAUCUCACCAGGGCUGUGCAGGAUCUUACAGUCGCAAAACCAAGACAAAAAGCACCCUCUAAGAAUGUUCCAAGGAGAAAAGAUAUUCUAGCUAAAGACAAAUCAGAAGAAAGUUUGAAAGACACUGAGCCACUGCAGGAGGUUCUUAAAGUAGAAGACAAACCUGAGCUCGAAUUAGGGGGUGAAGAAGUCAUGCCCCCCAUCUCAGAAGGAGCUCCAGAGGAUGUACCUGAUGGAGGACAGAUAAGCAAAGCCUUUGGGAAAUUGUGCAAGAUGAUCAAGGAGAAAGUUAGAAGCCCCAAGGAGCCUGAGCCCCCAGUUGACCUCUACACCCAGGGGAGGUAUGUGCUGGUCUCUGGGGAUGCAAGUUAUGUGGACCCUGACUUUUGUUCCUCCUUGAUCCCAGCCAACAGUGGGGUGGUUGUCUCCAUUGAAGAUGACUCUAUGCAUCAUGAUGGUCAUAUGAAGACCUCCCCUGAGCUGCCCCAACCCUCGUUGGAGAAUGGACAGGGGGUUUCCCAGGGGAGAGAAGAUGGCCACCCAGCCAACCAGCAUACUGUGAACAGGGAAAAUGAACUAGAUGUCAAAGAACAAAAAGACCCUGAGAAGAAACCUGGUGACCAGAAGGAGGGUGAAGGCUCUGGGAGGGGAUGUCCAGUGAGCAUAUCUGGUCCAGGACCAGGUACACCCAAGCCUUCAACACCUGGGGCUCGUGACAAUGGGUCUGAGGGACAGGGGGCUAAGAGUGGCAGUGUGCUGGAGAGAAGUGCUCCUCGGACUUUGGCCUAUGAGAAAGUAGAAGUGGUAGAAUCCAUUGAGAAGUUUUCAACUGAAAGCAUUCAGACAUAUGAAGAAAUGGCUGUAGUGAUGGAGACUGUGAUUGGAAAGACCAAAGCAAACAAAAAGAAAUUGGAAGAGAAGGGCUCUUAAAAUGUUUAUGUUCAAUGGGAGGCAAAAGUCAUUGGGGUCUCUUUAGGAGAAAUGCAUUGAUGCUGUUAGAACAAAUGAUAAAAAGUGGGGAUUUCUGUUUGGAUUAGACCAUAGUUGAUCCAUCUGGUAUUGCCUAUGGAGCCUUAAUUAAAAAGUUUUCUUUGCUGGCA